UACUGCUGACUGACUGGUGUGGGUGGCGCGCGGCUGAUAAGGAAAUACCGAGGGCAACUUCUUCAUCUUUAUUUUUAUAUCGCACAGCUUGUGCGAGCUUGAGGGCCUAUAUACAAUACACAAGCACUCUACAAACUCACUGGUUAUUGGCACACCAUUUAAAGCCUGACAUCUUGGAAAACCAUCAGGCAUGUCAAGUAAUGUUGAAGCUCAGGGUGCAGAAGGCCAGGAGAAGAUAUCAGUCACAGUCAAAACUCCAAGAGAAAAACAAACGUUUCAGGUGAGCCCGGAUUGUGCCAUAGCCGAUUUCAAGAAGGAGGUCGCGGAUGGCUUCAAGGCUUCUUCUGCACAACUGUGCCUCAUUUUCGCCGGCAAGAUCAUGAAGGAUCACGAGACGCUUGCCACGCAUAAGGUGAAGGAUGGCCAGACAGUGCAUCUUGUCAUUAAGUCGCGAAGUACCGCCCAGCCCCAGGACGUGAACACCACAUCGGAGCCAGCAUCGAGCUCGACGACCAGCCAGCCGGCGCCGGACGCGGCGGCAGCCGGCCUGGGUGCCUUCGGCGGUAUACCGGGCCUGGCCAACCUCGGUAUGGGCUCGGCCAAUUUCAUGGAGCUGCAGCGCAGCAUGCAGCAAGAGAUGCUGCGCAACCCGGAGAUGCUGCAGCAGAUGAUGGAGAACCCCAUGGUGCAGAGCAUGAUCAGUAAUCCGGACGUGAUGCGCCAGCUGAUGGGGUCCAACCCGCAGAUGCAACAGCUGAUGGAGCGCAACCCCGAGAUCACGCACAUGCUCAACAACCCGGAGCUGCUGCGCCAGACGAUGGAGCUGGCGCGCAACCCGGCCAUGAUGCAAGAGUUGGUCCGACAGCAGGACCGCGCAAUGUCCAACCUGGAGUCGAUCCCGGGCGGCUUCAGCGCGCUGCAGCGGGUCUAUCGCGACAUCCAGGAGCCCAUGCUGGACGCCGCCCAGGAGAUGACGAGCAAUCCGUUCGCUGCGCCGCUCGGCAGCCAGUCGGCGGGCACGGGCUCGGCGCCGGCUGCGCAGGCGGCGGCCGGCUCGGCCAACAGCGAGCCGCUGCCCAACCCCUGGGCGCCGCCGGCCACCAGCUCGGCGACGCGGCCCGCGCAGACGACCACCGCCUCCAGCACGGCCACUAGCGGCGCCGGCGGCCUCAAUAGCAUGCAGGGUCUGAUGCAGCAGAUGGCGGCCAACCCGCAGGCUAUGCAAAGUAUGAUGAGCGCGCCUUAUCUGCAGCCCAUGCUGCAGUCACUCGCCUCCAACCCGGCUUUGGCGCAGUCGGUGAUUGCCAACAACCCACUGUUUGCCAACAACGAGGCCAUGCAGCAGCAGAUGCAGACGAUGUUGCCCACCUUCCUGCAGCAGAUGCAGAACCCGGAGGUGCAACAGCUGAUGACGAACCCGGAGGCGUUGCAGGCGAUCCAGCAAGUGCAGGCCGGCCUCAAUACGCUGCAGCAGACGUCACCCGGUCUGUUCGGCUCGAUGGGCCUGAACAUGACACCGCCACCGGCGCCGGCGGCGGCCGACGGCGCGCCGCCGCCGGCACCGCAGCCGGGCUCGGCGCCGGCUGCCGCGCCGGCCGGCGGCGUGCCGGCCGGCCAAGACCAGCUGUCGCAGUUCAUGGCGCGCAUGAUGGGCUCGGUCGGACUGGGUGGCUCCCAGCCGCCCGAAGAGCGGUUCCGCUCCCAGCUCGAGCAGCUCGCCGCCAUGGGCUUCGUUAACCGCGAGGCCAACGUGCGUGCGCUGGUGGCCACCUUCGGCGACGUGAACGCGGCCGUGGAGCGGCUGCUGGGCGGCGGCGGAGGCGGCGGCGGCGGCGCGCCGCCCUCGCAGUCAAGCUGAAACGUCGCCGGCGGACGGCUGCGGCCGACGGGCGCCGGUGGCCGCCGACGGCCGCCCGCGUUCGUAAUCAGUCGCCGCGUUACUGGAGCUGCCGGCCGGGAGCGUGGGCUACUUUCCAUUGGCUUUAAGCUCCCGGAUGUAGUGCACCACGUGUCGACGGGGGCAGUCGCCAUCGCCACCGCCAGCUGGGGCCGGCGCGUUCCGUGAUUGGUAGGCGUCGUGUGUCGGAACGCCGAGCUGCAGGCUCUGAAGCCACCCCAGCGGGCGGUGGAAGGGCCGUGUUCGAGCUGAUUUCGCACCGUUAUAAAUAUAUUAUGUCGCGUCGGCUCUGGUAUGACAAGGACACGGCUGCAUCGGAGCCUGGUGUGAACGCGCUGAUGUACAAGGCGCCAUGCUGACUGCGCGUUGAGGCCUCGUUUGGGUGUGCGGAUGUACCAGGCUUCACGCUGGCCUCCUGCAUCGAAACCUAGUAUGGAUGCGCGAAUGUAGAAAGCCUCAUGCUGCGUUCGCGUUUAACUGAUUGAGUGUACCGCACACCGAACGGAUUUGCAGCAUAAUCACCCGGGUGCAUUUACUUGGCUUAAAACUACGCAGCUUAAAAAGUGAUGGUUUCACAUUAAAUAGCGGUGUAAGCGUUUUAGUUGGUACGGUGUCGCUAUUUGAUCGAAAUGCGACCAAUCUCGGCGCGUUUUGCUGUACAGCCAGGGCACGUUCUUCAAUUAUGUUUAAUCGGACGGCGGGUGUGUUUCCAUCUGGUAGUUGCGUCGUCGCUGUUCCGCCGGCCGCCCUCGGGCGUCAUCAAGCGGACGUCACGUCGGCAAUGGCACCGGUGUGGCGCCGCUGAAGCCUGAGCGCCGCCGGCGGGCGCGCGCCCAGCUGCCUUACUUUAUAGCGGGGCACCUGUUACUCAGUUACACGCACCUUGCGUAUCGCUUCGUGUUCGCGCAGAUGCGCUAUUCUGUACAUUAAACCAGCCGUGUCGUGUUCGUGGCCAAUACAGUAAGGUAUGGGA